AUGGAUACUUCUCCCUCCAAAAAAUAUCCAGUUAAAAAACGGGUGAAAAUACAUCCAAAUACAGUAAUGGUGAAAUAUACAUCUCAUUAUCCUCAGCCUGGGGAUGGUGGAUAUGAAGAAAUCAAUGAAGACUAUGGAAGUUUUAUGGAAGAAAAUCCAAAGAAAGGCCUGCUCAGUGAAAUGAAAAGAAAAGGAAGAACCUUCUUUGGAACCAUGGAUACCUGCCCUCCAACAGAAGACCCAGUGACCAAUGAGAUUGGACAGUUCCAAAGCUUUGCAGAAAAAAAUAUUUUUCAAUCCAGAAAAAUGUGGAUAGUGCUGUUUGGAUCUGCUUUGGCUCAUGGAUGUGUAGCUCUUAUCACUAGGCUUGUUUCUGAUCGUUCCAAAGUUCCAUCUCUAGAACUGAUUUUUAUCCGUUCUGUUUUGCAGGUCUUAUCUGUGUUAGUUGUGUGUUACUACCAGGAAGCACCCUUUGGACCAAGUGGAUACAGACUGCGACUUUUCUUUUAUGGUGUAUGCAAUGUCAUCUCUAUCACCUGUGCUUAUACAUCAUUUUCAAUAGUUCCUCCCAGCAAUGGGACCACUAUGUGGAGAGCCACAACCACUGUCUUCAGUGCCAUUUUGGCUUUUUUACUUGUAGAUGAGAAAAUGGCUUAUGUUGACAUGGCUACAGUUGUUUGCAGCAUCUUAGGUGUUUGUCUUGUCAUGAUCCCCAACAUUGUUGAUGAAGAUAAUUCUUUGUUAAAUGCCUGGAAAGAAGCCUUUGGGUACACUAUGACUGUGAUGGCUGGACUAACCACUGCUCUUUCCAUGAUAGUAUACAGAUCCAUUAAAGAGAAGAUCAGCAUGUGGACUGCACUGUUUACAUUUGGUUGGACUGGAACAGUCUGGGGAAUAUCUACUAUGUUUGUUCUUCAAGAACCCAUCAUCCCAUUAGAUGGAGAAACCUGGAGUUAUCUAAUUGCUAUAUGCAUUUGUUCUACUGCAGCCUUCUUGGGAGUUUAUUAUGCCUUAGACAAAUUCCAUCCAGCUUUGGUCAGCACAGUACAACAUCUGGAGAUUGUGGUAGCAAUGGUGUUGCAGCUUCUAGUGUUACAUAUAUUUCCUAGUGUCUAUGAUGUCUUUGGAGGGGUAAUCAUUAUGAUUAGUGUUUUUGUCCUUGCUGGCUAUAAACUUUACUGGAGGAAUUUAAGAAGGCAGGAUUAUCAGGAAAUACUAGACUCUCCCAUUAAAUGA